UUCAUAAGCUAAAUAAAACUUGUGUAAUCACUUUCUUAUCUAUUCUUCUUCUUCUGGUUUGUGUGUCUGAAAAAGAAAAAAAAAAAAAACAUGUCGCAGUUUAUAGACAAGGCGACGACGUUUAUUGCGGAGAAAGUGGCGAACGUGAAGACGCCGGAGGCGAGUCUUACGGACAUGGAUUUGAAGCGCGUGAGUGUGGACUCUGUUGAGUAUUUGGCGAAGCUUUCUGUGGACAAUCCCUAUGGCCAUUCCAUUCCCAUCUGUGACAUCGAUUACACCCUCAAAAGCGCCGGGAGUGUGAUAGCUUCCGGUAAAAUUCCGGACCCGGGGUCGCUGAAGGCGAAGGACACGACUCUGGUGGAGGUGCCAGUGAAGGUGCCGCACAGCCUGUUGGUGACCUUGAUAAAGGAUGUUGGCAGAGAUUGGGACAUCGACUAUGAGCUGUUGUUGGAUCUCAUAAUUGACCUUCCUCUUGUUGGUAACAUUACCAUUCCCCUAUCCAGGAAAGGAGAGAUCAAGCUCCCAACUCUUUCGGAUGUCUUUUAAUUACUCCAUGUCGUUUGAAAUUAUGUGUCUUUUGUAAUACAUCAUGUGAUGAUAUGCUAAUUUCAUGAAAUAAAAUCUCCGUCUCUACCUCUA